AUGAUCUCCCACUGGCUACCAAAGUGGUUAAUCCCAGUACUAGUGUGUACCGCGGCUAUCGCAGGCCCUGUACAGAAAGCGGGUUUGACGCUUCCUGAAGACGCGUGUACUCAUCGUGAUGCUGUCCAGGAAAUUUUCGAGGAGAGUUAUGCUGCAUAUAAGAAAUACGCGUUUGGUCAUGACGAUCUAUCUCCCGUGAGCGAAAGCUUUUCAGAUGGCCUCGGUGGAUGGGGUGCAUCAAUUGUCGACGCAAUGGAUACCAUGAAAAUCAUGGGUUUAGAUGAUUUGUUCUCCGAGGCGGUUGAUUUUGUUGGAACUAUCGAUUUCAAUAGUACGAAGACCGGCGACACAGUGAGCGUAUUUGAAACAACGAUACGAUACGUCGGUGGUCUUCUAAGUGCAUACGAACUUAACGGUAAGAAAGAUGCGGUACUAGUUGCAAAGGCCAAACAAGUCGCGGAUAAACUGUCAUUCGGAUGGCUUCUCGAGAACCAGAUCAUACCGUAUGGUUACAUUAAUUUUACAGAUAAUUCGCCCGUCAUAGCUACCUCCAAUAUUGCUGAGGCUGGGACGUUGGAUCUAGAAUGGUCGAGGUUGAGCGAGUACACCGGAAAUAAUACAUACGCCCAAUUGACUGAGGGUGCCGUCCGUCAUAUCGCGAAUCUUCCAGCUCCUCUUCCAGGUUUAGCAGCUCAGGGCAUCGACCCCACGGCAGGAGAUUUCGUAGGGGGAUACAUUACAUGGGGCGGCGGGUCUGACAGUUACUUUGAAUACUUGAUCAAAUAUGCUCGACUAUCUAAUACAGACGACCCACUUUUCGUCGAUACGUGGUUUACCGCCGUCUCUUCAUCAAUUCAAUAUCUCCUCAGGACAUCGACUGUCGGAAAUCAUGCUUAUCUGGCUGAUUUCGACUCUUCGGGGACUAUUCGUCAUGUUGGCUCUCACCUGGCAUGCUUUUAUGGCGGUAAUUGGCUGUUGGGUGGCAAGCUAUUGAAUAACCAAACCAUUGUGGACAUCGCAUUGCAGCUCGUCGACGCAUGCUGGAACACGUACGCCAGUACUGCGACUGGUAUUGGUCCUGAAACAUUUGCUUUUAUCUCAAGUGAUGGAAAUUUCACUGGCGGAUCUGCCAUCGACGCAGAUCAGCUGUCUUUCUACCAAGAGCAUGGGUUCUACAUCACAGGCUCUGAUUACAUCCAAAGACCGGAGGUCUUAGAAUCAAAUUUCUAUGCCUGGCGUGCCACUGGCGAUACAAAGUACCUAGAUCGCGCAGCAAGUGCUAUCAACAGCUUUCAGACCUUCCUUCCGGCUACAGUUGCGUUCGCAGGCAUAAAUGAUGUCAACAACAGAAAUUCCACGAAGAUAGAUGAUAUGGAAAGCUUUUGGUUGGCAGAGGUGCUCAAAUACUUGUAUUUGACCUUCGACGACCCGAAUCAUAUCAGUCUCGACGAAUACGUUUUUAAUACAGAGGCACAUCCAUUUGAGGCACCUAAGGCCAAGGAUGUGUAUGGAAACGGUGGAUUGAAGGCGGCUACAGAGUCGGAACCGUUCGUACUUAAUGAGGGUCCGCCAUUACCUCAGAUUAGCCCAAACGCAUAUCUCCCAGUCCCGCUGAAGAGUCUUAUUAACCCAGAGUAG